AUGCCGCUGCCAAGGUUCCCUUUCGACGAUACGACCUGCAUCGCAGUUCGAUCCCUUCCUUUCGCCAUCGGAAGGUUUCGUCUCUUUGACCCCCAGACGAUGCGAGCCGGCCCUGCCACUCCGCCCAUCGUGACGGUCUACGAGCGAGUCGAGCCGGGCCGCGUGGAGAUGAUUGCCAAGGGAGAGCCCUGCCCCAGGACCUUGGGGGCCAAGUUGCACAUUCCACUCGGGACGCCGAUGGCAACUGGGAGUCGAGCCACCUGCUGCCAAAUCCGAUUUCGGGCCAUGGGAGGGGAAGACUCCAACUGGAAGGACCUCGAGGUACAAAGCCUACCAGAGUCCAGUGCGAUCUUCGGGGCAGGUGCCCGGGAAGGAGAAGUUUCUCAUGUCUUGGUGCGAGAGGAUGAUGGGUUGGAGCUGGGACACGUCUACGAAUUCCAAGUGCGAAUCGGAGAUCGUUGCAGAAUUGGAAACUGGUCCAGAUCUUUCCAUCCUGUGAAGUUCGCGGUGUCCCCGCCCAAACCUCCUGAAGGCAGUGGCUUGAAAGUGGUUGAGCAGGGCGAUCGAGCGGAAAUGACCUGGGCCCCUUUCCAGCCCGACGAAAGCCUGGCAGCACAACUUCCCGGCUUCAAGCAUUUGCCUAUUGAGUACACUUUGAGUGUCCUUGGCGGCAGUUCUUCAGAACCCUUGUCCAGCAUAUGCACUUCAGAGACGCGGGCCAUGGUGCAUGGCUUACAGCCAUUGACCGCGUAUUCGACGAUGUUGGUGGCCAAGUGGAGUCGCUUUGGGGCGGAAGGUCGUGACACUGAGCAUGUCUUGAUGGCUGCGUUUGUGACCUCAGGUCUUGGUGGCAGCAAACUCACCGCAGAGCUGUCAGUUCGGCUGCCCACAGAGCAAUUGGAUGGUUAUGGACCUGUGGCGCCGGCGGUCGCAAAGAUUCCAGUGCAAGGUGGGCAACCUGCGGCCGUGACGUUGGACCUCGACCCGUACUAUGUGCAGCCCCGACUCCAUCAUUACAACGCGGAUUUCGUGCGAAGGCCCACCACACCUUCGCAAAGGGCACAAAGGUCAGCGGAGGAGGAGCCACCUGCAGCCCCGGAAGGGCAAGGCGGCAAGUUGCCAUCUUUGGUGCCAAUGCCUCCGCCCAAAUUCACCACACGGGAUCCUUUGUCCUUUGCUUUACUCCAUCCGGUGGCACCUGCACCUGCACCUGGCGCACGCACGAGCCGCCCCAGCCCGCGACGACGGCUGCCCUGA